AGUACAACCACUAAUACCUUAAGAUGAUAUUCAUGUGAACAAUAUAAAGAGUAUAUUAGCAAACUUAACUCCAAAAGUGGAUCCAAGAAGGCAUGGAAAGCUGCCACUAUCUUCACAAACAUCAGAGGCUAAAGAGAAAGAGGAGUAUGAAUUAGUAGAUAAUGAGUUUGAUGCUUAUAAUUAUGCAUCAAACUCUAAUUGGUGUUCAGACACUGAUUUGUCUACUAUGGUUUCAGCUCUCUCUCAAGUCAUUGGAACAUCUACCAAUAAUCAUAAUCCUAACGUGGCACAAUCAACAUCAACUGCCAUGGUUAAUGAAGAAUCUCAACCCUCUCAAGUACCUCUUCUAGAUCAAGAGACCCCAAAGAAACCACACUACAGAGGAGUAAGACAGAGACCAUGGGGAAAAUGGGCAGCUGAAAUACGUGACCCAAAAAAAGCAGCUAGAGUUUGGUUAGGAACAUUUGAAACAGCUGAAGAUGCAGCUAUUGCAUAUGACAAAGCAGCCCUUAAAUUCAAAGGCACAAAAGCUAAACUUAAUUUCCCUCAAAGACUUGUUCAUGACAACUCUAGUGCCAUUCAACAAAGUGGUUCUGUUUCUAAUAAUGUUUCUGUUGAUCAACAAGUUUUUCCAAACCUUUUUCAAUAUGCUCAGAUUCUUUCUAGUGAUGCCGAAUUUCCUUAUUAUGCUUCUCAUCUUUUCAAUCAACAACAAGGAGAUCAUCGUCCGCCAGGCCAGUAGAGUCUCGUGACACCUUUCAGGAGAUCCCGCGAUCAUGUAGUUUGGACAUCAGUUAUUCCAUCAAGAUUGAUUCGUUCAAAAGAAAUGCAGAUUUUUAUAUUUCUUUCUAUAAUUUAAAAUAUCGAGUUUGAAUUGAAUCUGGACCAUUCAAUCUUAGUUGAAAGAUCAUUGAAAUCUCGAUUGCGUGAAUAUGGAGAAUCUUUGAUUGCAAGGGAGCUGGAUCAAAAAUCUAUAUGUCAAUUUUGCUCUUGAAAUUAGAGUCAAGAAUUUAUGUCUUAUAAAAAAAAAAUUAUGUUAUUAGGGUAUUAUUUGGAUCA